AUGGACAAGAUCAGAUCUUUAGUUGUUGUGAGUGCCAUCGCAAUGAUUUUGUUGUUGAACAAACAAGCGCGCUUGAGGUUGAUGACUUCUGUAUUGGACCGUGUACUUGCCAUUGCAACCAGACUUGCAACUCGUAUGGUUAUAAAAACUGGUAUUGUGCAGCUUUUAGAGUCCGGUCGGGUUGUUGCUGCAAAAAUCAUUUAUCUUUGA